AGAGGGAGAAAGAAAUUAUUUGUUGUGGAGCUCAGUAAAUGAUUACAACUGCGCAAUUUUCAAAGACGGGAUGCUGAAUAGUGUUUCCUGUGACUACCAACGGUAUUCCAUUUGCUUUGAUGCAACAAAACAAGGUGCAGAUCAGUACAUCCUUAACACACAAGGCAUGGUUUGGACUGCUGCUCGGGAUUACUGCAGAACAAACUACACAGACCUGACCAGUCUAAGGAAUGAUGCUGAGUACCAGAUAGUCCAGGAAGUAGCCAGUGGCUAUGGAGUGUAUGUUGGCCUCUUCAGAGACCCCUGGGAGUGGUCAGACCAGACUGACUCCUCAUUUAGAUACUGGAACCCAGCCGAGACUGUCUGGACUGGUGGCACCCAAAACUGUGUUGCUAUGUUGAAGGAGAACUCUGGUAAAUGGGGAGACAGGGCAUGUACAGAAACACAUCCAUUCGUCUGUGACUGCAGGAACAAGCUGAGUUUCAUUAAACUGAGGAUCAGCCCACAGGACUCAAUGUUGGAUCUAAAUAACCCUUCGGUGCAAGCAGACAUCUUGGAGCAAAUGAGCCAGAAGCUAAGGAGUUAUAACACGACUGCUGUUUUUCAUCUAAAGUGGAGAAAAAAAUCUGAUGGAAGAGUUUUUACCAAGGAGCCUUGAAGAAGUGGAUGAAAAGACAAGAAUCAGG